AUGAAGAAGCUUCCACAGAACUCGCCGAUCAUAUUUAAUUACAUAGAGAAUAUAGACUACAGUAUACAGCCAAUUCGUUGGCUGCUAAAGCCGAUAAGUGUUUGGCCAGUGAUGGAUUCAUCGAUCACGGAGAAGAUCUCAUCAGUGGUGUUACUGAUAGUAUGCAUUUUUUUAAUCGUCAGCACAUUAGUGCCUUGCGCAUUGGCUAUAUUCCUGGACGAGACUAAGGAUGUGGAGAUGAAAAUACGUGAUUUUGGACCGCUCAGCAACUGGAUGCUGGCGAGUCUCAAGUAUACCUCGUUGCUAGUGCACGUCGGCGACAUACGUCAAUGUAUCAAACAUAUCGAAACAGAUUGGCGGGCCGUAACGAAGUUCGAAGAACAGGAAGUGAUGCUGAGAAAUGCCAGGAUCGGUCGUUUCAUCGCGAUAUUUUCCGCGGUAUUUAUACACAGCGGCGUAUUCUCGUACAGUAUUUUCCGAGGAAUGACGUUAAGCGAGUCCGUUGUCGAGGGCGAUAACACAUCGGAACGUUCGCUGCCUUUUGCUUUCUAUAAUAAGAUUCUGGACACUACGACGAGUCCAAUGUACGAGAUAGUGUUUACAAUACAGUGUUUAUCCACGUUCGUUGUGAAUUCUGUAACAGUAAGCGCUUGUUGCCUCACCUCCGUCUUCGUGCUGCACGCCUGCGGUCAGUUAAAAAUUCUGAUGUUCUUGCUGGAUAAUUUAAUCGAUGAAAGAAACGAAAAGACAGACUCUUCGCAGCAAAAAUUCGCCAUCAUCGUUGAGCAUCAUUUAAAAGUACUCAGGUAA